UGGGCCUGCAAGCGAGGGUCACCGCGAGCAGGCGACGCGGUGUCGGGACAAGAAUAAAUACGGCGCCCCGCGGGCGACUAUUGGCGGAGUUGGAUGAGAAAACAAGGCCUUAAGCCGGAAAUAGGAAACUGCAACUCCCGUCUGGCCCGGGCCAGGCCGAGCUACCCGGGCCGCGAAGCCUCAUGGGACAAGUAGUUUUGUGCACGGCUCAACCUGGGCACCUGAGGCUGGAGCGCUGAGGCCUGCGGUGCCCCGAGCGCGAGACAUGGAACUGGAGCAGAGAGAGGGCACCAUGGCCGCCGUGGGCUUUGAGGAGUUCUCAGCGCCCCCGGGCUCGGAGCUGGCGCUGCCGCCCCUGUUCGGCGGGCACAUCCUGGAGAGCGAGCUGGAGACGGAGGUGGAGUUCGUGUCCGGAGGCCUGGGCGGCUCCGGGCUCAGGGAGCGGGACGAAGAGGAGGAGGCCGCCCGGGGCCGGCGGCGACGCCAGCGGGAACUCAACCGCAGAAAGUACCAGGCGCUGGGUCGGCGCUGCCGAGAGAUCGAGCAGGUGAAUGAGCGGGUCUUGAACAGGCUUCACCAGGUGCAGAGGAUAACUCGAAGACUCCAGCAGGAACGCAGGUUCCUCAUGAGAGUGUUGGACUCCUACGGGGAUGACUAUCGGGCCAGCCAGUUCACCAUUGUGUUGGAGGAUGAGGGCAGCCAGGGUACAGAUGCCCCCACUCCAGGCAAUGCUGAGAACGAGCCUCCAGAGAAAGAGGGGCUGUCCCCCCCUAGAAGGACUCCUAUACCCCCAGAAUCCAGCAGCCCAGCCCCUGGUGAGGGGCCCAGUGGGCGGAAGAGGCGGCGGGUACCUAGGGAUGGGUGCCGGGCAGGAACCACGCUGACUCCAGAACUGGCCCCAGCACAGAUUAAGGCUGAGGAAGAUUUUGGCUUUGAAACAGAUGAGACCCUGGAUUCAAGUUGGGUUUCUCGGGGACCAGACAAACUGCUGCCCUACCCAACUCUUGCCAGCCCACCCUUUGACUGACCCCAACCCAAUAAACUGCCCCCCCCCAUUCAACCUA